UCUUCGCCGUCUCCCUUCUGCCCAUCCGUCAUUAUAAAUCCCCAUCUUCUCCCUCUUUUUUCUCAUCAGAUAAUAAGAUAAUGGCUCCCAUUGUUAAACAUUACGAUUACCUUGUCAUUGGCGGUGGUUCUGGUGGUCUUGCCUCGGCUCGUCGUGCUGCUAGCCGCUAUGGCGUCAAGGCUGCGAUUAUCGAGGGUUCCGGCCGUCUUGGAGGAACUUGUGUCAACGUUGGAUGUGUUCCCAAGAAGAUCAUGUGGCAGGCGGCCGACAUCAGAAAGCGUCUUGAAGAUGCCAAAAACUACGGCAUGGACGUUGGCUCGCUGCCCAAGUUUGACUGGUUCAACUUUGUCGAGAAGCGCGAGGCAUACAUCCGUCGUCUGAACGGGAUCUACGAGCGCAACCUCGUCAAGGACAACGUCGACUACAUCUCUGGCUGGGCGCGCUUCACGGGCGAUAAGGGCGAGAAGAAGGUCGAGGUCUCGCUGCUCUCUGGUGAGACUGCGUACUACACCGCCGAUCACAUCCUUGUCGCUACCGGUGGAUACGCGUCCGUUCCUACUGACAUCCCCGGUGCGAACUACGGUACCACCUCGGACGGCUUCUUCCAGCUCAAGUCGCAGCCGAAGCGCGUGGCCGUUGUUGGUGCCGGAUACAUUGGCGUUGAGCUUGCCGGUGUCUUCAACGGACUCGGCACCGAGACUCAUCUCUUCAUCCGUGGAGAGACCGUCUUGCGUCACUUUGAUCCCAUGGUCCAGGAGGCGAUCACCACCCGGUACAUCAAGCACGGCGUCAAAGUCCACAAGAAAGCCAAGGCGUUUGAGAAAGUCGUCAAGCUUCCCUCCGGCGCGCUGGAGAUCACGGUCGAGGAUGAGAGCGGAAAGCAGGUCGUCGAGGUCGACGCGCUUAUCUGGGCCAUCGGACGCGGUGCAAACACCUCCGGCCUCAAUCUCGACAUCCCCGGAAUCGCGACCAACAAGGUCGGCCAGAUCGAGUCUGACGAGCUCCAAAACACAAACAUCCCCGGCGUCUACGCGCUCGGAGACGUUAUCGGCUGGGUCGAAUUGACCCCUGUUGCUAUCGCCGCCGGCCGAAGACUUUCGGACCGCUUGUUUGGCGGCCCCCAGUUCAAGGACCGCAAGCUCGACUACACCAACAUCCCCACCGUCGUCUUCUCUCACCCCGAGGUCGGAACCAUCGGUCUCACCGAGCCCGAGGCUCGCAAGGAGUACGGCGACGACAAGGUCAAGGUGUACAACUCGUCCUUCAUCGGCAUGUACUACUCCGUCUUUGACAAGCAGGAGGACAAAGAGCAGACGAUCUACAAGCUCAUCGUUGCCGGUGAGGACGAGAAGGUUGUGGGUAUGCACAUCGUCGGUGACGCUUCUGCUGAGAUUUUGCAGGGAUUCGGCGUCGCGAUCAAGAUGGGCGCUACUAAGGCCGACUUUGACAACUGCGUUGCCAUUCAUCCCACUAGCGCCGAGGAGCUCGUUACCUUGGUUUAAAUAAUGAAGUUAGAGGAAGUUGGAUAGGAUAUGAUAUGUUUUUGACAGGAUCUACGUUGAAGAGAGAUUUAGUACGAAGGUAGAGACGGGAGAGAGGAGUUGUAAGCUUAUAAUCUCUCACAGUCUAGUAAUGCAGACGUUAUGAAAGAAAUGGAGUCCUCUAAGGAUAAGCCACUAAAAGAAAUGGAAAAUUGGUCGUAC